AUGCUAGCGAUUCUACAAACCUUGCGAAAUGCCGCCUCCCACUGUAUAAAUAACAAGCCGGCCUCUCUUGGGCAGCGCAUAUGUUGCAGAGCCCUUACCGGUGCUGCUUCCAUCGAGUCUAGCACACCAGGGACCAUCCAGGUUAAGCGUAGGACUCGCAAGAAAGCGGAAGAGUUACCUACGACUUUUGUCCUUGCAGAUGGCACAAAAGCGAAGCCGCUGCCGGAGUUCAAAGGUGGUAUCGAAAAGCCCAUCAGACCACGGAAAUUAAAGUCCCCGUCCACUUCUCUUGAGGAUGGGCCCAAACCAGUCAAGAAAGCCAGGAAAAAGCGUCAAACCAAAGUCGUCGCAUCAAUAACGACCGGCGCGUCUCCAGCGGCUGUCUCCGUGGAAGAACGUGAUGACUCUGAACUACAACCACGGAACCAACUCGCGCGCGAGAUACUCGAUAAUCUUAAUAAAUUUCCCCAUUGUAUCCUUCUUACUCGUGUGGGGCAAUUUUAUGAAUCUUACUUCGAGCAGGCUGUUGAAGUGGCUGCUCUCCUCGACAUCAAACUUACUACGCGCAAAUGGGACGGUCAACGCAUACAUAUGUGUGGUUUCCCUCUAAUGCAUUUUGACAAGCAUAUGAAGACCCUUAUACAACACCACAAACGAUUUGUGGCCAUGUGUGAGGAGUUCCCCAAGUUUGUCGCGGGAGCGAGAUACUUCGAGCGACGUGUUGUACGCGUCAUUACUCCCGGCACUCUCAUUGACGAGAGCUUCUUGAACCCAUACGAAAACAACUAUCUGCUCGCCGUUCAUAGUGAUGCAGACGUGAUCGACGCCAACGGAAUCGGUGUACUCGGUCAGAAGAAAAUUGGUCUUGCUUGGAUUGAUAUCUCGACUGGGGACUUCCUUUCUAAGUUGUCUUCCCUUGACACACUGCGGGACGACCUCGUACGAAUUAAUCCUCGAGAAAUUGUGCUUGACCAUCGACUGCAAGGGUUACCGUCGCAUCCAGUACGAACGAUCCUAGAGGAGGAAGAUAGCUUCGUAUCCUACGCUCAUUUGCCUGCUACCUCAAAGGAACCGCCCCUCGAUGAAGACCAUCCAAAUGCUGGACAUGAUGCCACCGCAUCGGACGAUAUCACGGAGCAGACAGACGAUAACAACUCUACUGCGCCUACCAUCUCCUACACCCCCCAAGAAGAGAACGCGUUCAACUUGGUCACUGCAUACCUUCAUGCGAACCUUCUCGAGAAUAUGCCAACACUCAACCUACCCAAUAGGGAAGGCAAUGACGGUCGAAUGCGCAUCGACGCUCAUACCAUCAAAGCACUUGAAAUCCGCGAAAGCAUGAAGGAGGGAGGCGUGAAAGGCAGCUUGCUGAGCACCGUAAAGCGAACCGUGACGAGCAGCGGUAGCCGCCUCCUCGGUAGAUGGUUAUGUUCUCCAAGCACAUCACUACAUGAGAUAAAUGCCCGUCAAACCUUGGUUGCAUUCUUCCAUGCAAGGCCUCAUUUUUGUACCAGUUUACGUGUGGCCUUGAAAGACAUCGAAGAUGCUGGAAGAAUUGUUCAGAGAUUCUUACUGGGUAAGGGGGGGCCUAACGAUCUUCUGGCCCUCGGCAAUACCAUAAAAGCAUGGGGAAGCGUUCGGCAACUCGUCGAAGAUGAACGGCGGUUCGAAAUGCAAGAGGUUCCUCACCUCAGCAGUCAAGAUUGGGCUAGCAUCGAUGCUUUAAUGUCUCGCCUCUCGGAGCUUAGCAGUAUACAACAACGCAUAGACCUUGCUUUUCGUAAAGAGAUCAGCGACUCAGAAUCGGGCUCAGAAGGUGCGAGCGAUGAAGAACUUGUGGAGCCAGGAGAUGCCAGAAACCGGACGGCUUGGAAGUUCGGCCAUGACAAGUGGCUCAUUAAUCCAGCAUUCUCUGAGGAAUUGACAACGUUGCACGAAAACCUUAAGAACUUUCUCCAGCAACGUGAGCAGAAGGAGCUUGAAUUACAACGACGUUUCAAUGCCCCUUCUUUGACCCUAAGAACGUCCCCCGCGUAUGGCAUGCAUGUUCAUCUUGCCAAAAAGCGCGAACAGGGGGAGCUGAACAAAGCGGAGGCGUUCAUCAGCAUCGCAGAAAGUGGAACAACUAAGAGUUACUUUAAUCAGGAAUGGUCCCACCUAGGGGCUCGAAUCGUUGAGACGGCGCAGGCCCUGGAGAUAGCAGAAAGAGAUGCUUGUGAGUUGUUGAGAAAUGAGGUCAAUGAACACGCACCGCAACUCAGGCGCAACGCGCGUAUUGUAGACGAACUCGAUGUUACGCUGGGAUUUGCCCAGCUAGCUAAAGAGAUGAACUUUGUACGGCCAAAGAUUCGGGACGACCAUUCCUAUUAUGUUGAGAAUGGCAGGCAUCCAACCGUAGAGCUAGGCCUCCUCACCUCGGGAAGAGUUUUCACCCCAAACACUACUCAAAUGACACCACAGUCCCGCCUCCAUAUUAUCACUGGUCCUAACAUGGCCGGGAAAUCAACCCUUUUACGCCAAACAGCUCUCAUAGCGAUUCUUGCGCAGACAGGGUCGUUCGUCCCAGCUGAUAGCGCAACAAUUGGCCUCGUAGACCAACUCUUCUCCCGAGUGGGCGCCAAGGAUGACUUGUUCCAUGGAAGGAGUACAUUUAUGGUGGAGAUGAUGGAAACAGCAGAAAUUCUCCGCAAGGCAACGCCCCGCAGCCUCGUUAUCAUGGAUGAAGUAGGUAGAGGGACGACAGUAAAAGAUGGUCUGGCCAUUGCCUUUGCCACUAUCCAUCACCUCCUGACCGUCAACCGAUGUCGUGCAUUAUUCGCAACACAUUUCCACGAAUUAGCGGACAUGGUUGGGUAUACAGAACAACAGGAGAAUCCUGCCGGCAGUGGUGUCUUUAAGGAUGUCACCUUCUUUCACAGUGAUGUCCAGGACAUAGGGGAUGACAGAUUUGCAUACUCUUACCGGCUCAAACCAGGUAUUAAUCGAGAUAGCCAUGGUCUGAAGGUCGCGCAACUUGCAGGAUUGCCUUCAAAAUGUCUGACCAUUGCUUCGGCGACACUGGACUGUCUAAAGCACGGGGAGAAAAGCACCCGUCAAGAGGAGAGUAUGGUCCAUUCCGAGUUCUGGACAACGACGUGA